UGUUUGAUAAAUGAUGAAGCAGAAUAGAAUGUGAGUUUGCAACAAAAUGGCAAAGAGUGAAAAGAUAGUUACUUUAAAAAGUAACAAAUCUGUACUUGGCAAUUAUUUACAAAGUGAAGAGGAUGCUUUGAAAAUAGUCGUUACAGACGGCACAACAGAACUUGCACGUUCGUUUCUGUAUAGAAUGUUGAAUGAUAACGUGUUUGGUGAAAAUCAAUCUGUCUUUAUCAGCCUCUACGAAUUGCCACGUAAGGCGAUCUUUUUGGAGAGCGUGGCGAUUGAACUCACUUCUUUCAGUCCCAAACUUUUAAGUGGUAAACAUCCAUACACCGUUACAUUCUUAAUAGGCAUUAGUUACGGUCAUGAUGCUUCCGUUGAAUUCAAAAAUGCAGAUGUUGUAAUUUGUAUUGGUUACGCGAGGGAGUAUGACUUUAAGGAUAAUGAAUACCUGGAGCCAUUUUUUGAGGAACACGUUUUGAAUUCCAAGUUUUACGGUGAAGUUAUAGAGAGGUACGUGAAAAGGAAUGCAAAGAUCAUUGUACUUGGAAAUACUGCUGCCACAAUCAUAUCCAAAUAUGUGAAAUCUAUUCCUAUCAGAAACAUAACUACAUUGUCUCUGUUGAAUUUAAAUAUUGUUGCAGGACAGGUACCUCUUAGAAUCCAGUGCAUGUUGUCUCUUAUUCUAUCAUCUAGAUAUAUUGCUGCACGAAUACAAUGUCUUCCAACAGAAGUAAAAAAUAUAAUAAUCUGGGGCUCAAACGGUUCGCAUAGUUUCCCAGAUUGCAGAUAUAUUCGUCUUACUAGUGGGAAACCUUUGCCUGAUGCUUUAAAAGUUUGGAUCAGUAACGUUCUUCCCUGUACUAUUCAAAACGUCGCCUGUAGGUCAAGCCUCGUCAACUCUAUAGCAUACGGGUUGGCGGAGCACUGUAAAAUCAUGUGGAACGGCACCCCGGAAGAUGAAUGGACCUCCAUGGGCGUUUUGUCCGACUAUUCUUAUUCAAUCCGGUCUGGAAUAUUUUUUUCUUUUCCUGUAAUUUGCAGGAACAGGCAGUACGAGAUAGUAAAAAAUUUCGACAUGGAUCGGUACAUACAGAGAUACAUUGUGGGCCUGAGCAAGCUGAUCUUCAAGGAAAUUGAAAUUGCCUGUGAUAUUUGUGGUUUGAAAGCAACCGAUCAGUAA